AUGGCGCUCCCACUCAAGCGCGUUCCGCUCAUCGACUUCACGUGGUCAGAAGCUGGAUCUCACGAUGAAGGUAGAACCAAGAUUCCCACAAAUAUCCAUCUCGAUCUGCUUACCGCCAACCGUAUACCAGAUCCAUUCAUUGGAAUGAAUGAGAAACUUGUCCAAUGGGUUCACUCAAAGGACUGGGUGUAUAAAUGCGAGUAUCAAAUAGAACCCAUUCGGACGGGAGAGAAGGUGGAUUUAGUGUUUGAUGGCCUCGAUACCUUUGCAACAGUGGCCUUAAAUGGCAAGGAGAUCCUGAAGUCUGACAACAUGUUUGUUCCGCAUCGAAUUGAUGUUGGAAAAAUGCUGGAAAAUACAAACGAGUUAAAGAUUCUGUUCGAAUCAGCUUUCAACAGAGGAGAAGCUCUGCGAGAGGAGCGUGGACACCUGCUUUGCUGGAACGGCCACUAUUCUAGAGUUUAUAUGCGUAAGGCUCAGUACCAUUUUGGCUGGGAUUGGGGUCCUUCUCUUGUGACAUGCGGUCCCUGGAGGCCAAUUACGAUUGAAAGGUACUUUAUACGUAUCAGCGAUGUUGAUAUUGAGAUUCAGGUGGCAGAGAAUCUCAAGUCCGCCACUAUCAGAGUUGGAGUGCAUGUUGAAGGUAGCAUACCAGCCGGCCAUCAGGUUGAUUUGGAUUUGCUUGAUCCAAAGGGGGUCAAAUUGGUAACGAAACGGAUUACAGAUGGUGUAGCUAUCAUUCCAGUUUCGAACCCCCAGUUGUGGUUUCCACAUACCCACGGAAGUCAACCCCUCUACCAAGUUGUGAUCAAAAUUGUUGCUCCUUCUGCGGAAGUCCUAGACACGCAGUCAAAGACCAUAGGUUUCCGUCGUGUACGACUUAUUCAAACUCCAUUGUCCGAGGGAUCCACGUUCUACUUCGAGGUCAACAACAUUCCAAUGUUUAUGGGAGGAAGCAACUGGAUUCCUGGAGACAAUUUCCUGCCGCGCAUGACUCCAGAGAGAUAUACUCGGUUGAUUGAUUUAGCAGUACAGGGAAACCAGAACAUGCUUCGGGUCUGGGGUGGCGGCAUUUAUGAAGAUGAAGCAUUUUAUGAUGCUUGUAAUCGCCGUGGAGUACUCGUAUGGCAAGAUUUUUGCUUUGCAUGUGGCCAAUAUCCAUCUGAUGACGACUUCGUGGAGAGCGUCAAGAAAGAGGCAAUUGCAGCAUUGAAAAGAUUGAGAACGCACCCAUCGUUGGCCAUUCUCGCUGGAAACAACGAAGAUUAUCAAGUGGCGAAUGAGGGUUUACACCAUGACAUGAAGACUCCUGAAAGCGAAUGGCGGAACACAACCUUUGGCGCUCGACAUAUCUACGAGCGAGUCCUGCCAGAUUUGGUCGAAGAACAUGCCCCCGGGAUGAUUUACUGGCCUGGAUCGCCUUUCGGUGGGGUUGACAACAAUAGCGAUCGAACGAUCGGCGACGUUCACAUAUGGAAUGUCUCGAGUGGCAUGCUUCUCCCAUAUCAAAGAUAUCCUGAAAUAGCAGGGCGUUUUGUGUCGGAAUUUGGAAUGCUCUCCUGUCCACAUAUUGAGACUGUCAAAGAGGCAUUCUUCGGAAACUCCAAGGACAUGCAUCCUCAGAGUGAAGCAUUUGAGUUUCAUUGCAAAGCAACCUCCUACGAGAAGCGCAUGUUUACUUGCAUGGGCGAGAACUUUCGUCUCUCGUUUGACUUGGACACAUAUGUGUACCUCACACAGCUCCUUCAGAGCGAGUCCAUGGGGUUUGCCUUUCGAGGAUGGAGAAGGAAAUUCGGAGAUAGAGAGUGUGGUGGUGCUUUGACAAACGAUAGCUGGCCGGUCAGCAGUUGGUCAAUCAUAGACUACUAUGAGCGGCCAAAGCCAGCAUAUUACGUGAUCGCUCGCGCUCUCACGCCUCUCGCUGUCGGUGUAAUACGCAGGAACAAACACAAUCCGAGGCCAAAUCUUCAGCAUGAAUCGUACGUGAAGUCAAAGACUAAGGCAGAAUCAGCAGGAGUGCUUGCACAUGCUACGCCUCACGUCUACCCGCCUCGAGAAUCAACAUUCUCAGUCUGGGUUGCAAAUUCCGGAGUCACUGAAAGGAGGCUGACCGUGGAGCUUCGUUUUAUCAGUAUCUCUACCGGAAAAGAGGUGCGAGAGGCUAUAACGCACGCGGUUGUUGCGACGCCGAUGGGGACCACGGAAAUUCUGCAAGGCGAAACUCCUGAGGACGAGCCGACAGUCUUAGCUACACGACUUUUUGACGAAUAUGGCAAUUGCAUCUCAAGAGAAAUGGACUGGCCACAGCCGCUCAAACAUAUCAUGUUUCCUGACCGUGGCCUAAAGAUUCAGGUUGAUGGUGAAUACAUUACCGUGUCUGCUGAAAGGCCAGUGAAAGGUUUGGUGCUGCUGAAUGUCGGAGCAGGGUGGAGUGACAAUUGUCUUGAUGUGGCUCCGGGAGAUACGCAGCAUCUGGUCGCGAAAGGACUUAAAGAGCCGGUCAAGUAUAUAUACUAUGGGUUAAACGAUUAG